AUGGACGUUUCUUUAGAUGAAGUGCUAGGGCUUGUUUACGUUACUGCAUGGUCGAUUUCCAUGUACGUGCCCUUAAUAGCUAAUUUUAAAUUUCGGUCAACCAAUGCUCUAUCAAUUGAUUUUGUUAUCUUAAACACAACUGGGUAUUUUUAUCUGAUUUAUUCAGUCGUUUUACAGGUCUAUUACUGGCAAACGGAGACGACAAGUCUCUUGGAGAGACCGCAAGUUACAAAAUUUGAUCUUUGGUAUUGCCUACAUGGAUUUAUUAUAAAUCUUGUCCUUUUAUCCCAGAUUUACUACGGUAAACUAUUAUGGAAUUUUGAAAAGAAUACCAAGAGAAGAAUGAAAUCGAUUUAUCAGAAAGUUCUUAUAAUUUCAGUGUCAGUAUUUAUUUUUCUAACCGCUCGAUUUUAUUACUUUCAAUCCACUAACUUCAACAACUGGAGUAACGAAUUACUGUUAAACUACUGCAAUUGUCUGUUUCUCUUGAAAAUGUCCAUGUCACUAAUUAAAUAUCUUCCCCAGGUUAAAUAUAACUUCGAAAGAAAAUCUUUAAAAGGGUUUGCUGUGCAGGGGGUCAUAUUGGAUGUUGUUGGAGGAAUGGCAUCGUUGGCUCAAUUGAUUAUACAACUAAAUAAAUCACACGGUCUCAAUAUGCAUACUGUAGCUACUAAUUUCGGUAAAAUAGGAGUGGCUCUUGUUACAUUGUUCUUCAAUGCAAUCUUUAUUUCACAAUGGUUGAUUUACGAAAAAAUAACGUCGAAAGGCACUUUAGUGUAA